AUGAAGAAACAGGGACUUUCAGUGGUCAGUACCGAGCGGCGUCCUGAGGAAGGCACUUGGCAGCUCCAUCUGAACCUUCCGACAAACAUCCAGCGGAAGAGCCGCCUCCACCUCUUCCUCUCAAUAUUUUCCUGCAUAACAUCGUGUUCCUUCAGAUAUGAAGAUCGAGAAUGAGUGGCCUCCCAAAAUAUUUUUGAGGCUAAGCCACUGCUUCCUUCCCAAAAAUCUCAAGCCUCCUUCACCUUCGAAAGCAGGAAAACUUCCUUUCCUGUCAGAUACUUGGAAGAUCUGGAGCGUUGCAUCUCUCCAACACACUCAUUGACAACCCAAUUACCUCAUGCGUAUCUCUUCUGUCUUGGUUGUCUUCCUCAUCCGAACGAGCAUCAGUCCCAAGUGUUGGACCGAGAGGCCAAGGAGAAGCAGCUGAGGGAAGGAGGACAGGAAAAGCAGGUGCUGAACAGACGCAGAAAGGCGAGGCGAGCAUGUGCUGGCCAAGUGAAUACCAAAGCGCUAGCUAAAGGUGAUCGAUGGUAUGACAUCGCCUAAGAGGAGACGCCAGACGAAUUAAUACUGUUGAUUUCUCUGUUUCCACUUCACUUUUUGGCAUUGUGGAGCCAGUUUAAGAGUUAUGAAAAGAUCAAGCUUACCCCGAUAUUCCGACCAGUCGGAUUAUGAGGAUGAUGAAGCUGCACCUUCUCCAUCGUCUCCACCACCAGUGGGGGAAGAUGAUUUUCAGUAUGAUGUGUUUCUCAGCUUCAGGGGACCAGACACUCGCAACGGCUUCACCGGCCAUCUCCAUCAUGCAAUGCAAGACAAGGGCAUCCACACUUUCAUCGAUAGCCAAGAGUUGGAGAAGGGACAGAAGGUGAAGGAACUAUUUAGGUACAUAGAGACAUCCAAAAUAUUUGUGCCCAUCUUCUCCAAAGGUUAUGCCGAUUCAGAGUGGUGUUUGAAAGAAAUAACCAAGAUGGUGGAGUGCAAGAGGCUCAUCAUACCAGUCUUCUUUGAUGUGGAACCAAGAGACGUUCGUGGUCAAUCUGGCCCUUUUGAACCAGCAUUCACAAGAUAUGGUAAAAAUGAUAUAACAAACAAGGAGGAGGUGAGGAAAUGGAGAAAUGCUUUGACAGAAGUAGGGGAAGUCUCAGGGUAUACCUUGGCAAAUGGUUGUGUAGACGAGGCAACUGAGAUAAAAAAAAUUGUGACGAGGAUUUUGACUGAAGUGAACAACGCCCCUCUAUUUAUUGGAGAUACACAUCUAAUAGGUCUAGAUUCUCGAAUUGCAGAGUUGGUGGAGGUGCUGGAGCUUGAAUCUCAGAAUGAUGUCAAAAUGGUUGGGAUCCAUGGAAUGGGUGGGAUCGGCAAGACGACUCUUGUCAGGGCUGUCUAUAACCAACUCUUUCUGCAUUUUGAUGCUUGUAGCUUCAUUUCAGACGUUAGAGAAGCAGCAAAACAGUCCAAACUGGUUUCCCUCCAAGAACAGCUGCUUCGUGAUGUUCUCAAGGUUGAAAAUGUGAAAGUAAAUAACAAAGAUCAUGGAACCAGCAUGAUCAUGCAUCGAAUUAAGCAUAAGAAGGUUCUGCUAGUUCUUGACGACGUUGAUAGCGAAUCACAGCUCGAAGCAUUGGUCGGCAGCGUGGAUCAGUUUUGUCAUGGGUCAAGAAUCAUCAUUACUACUAGAGAUAUGCAGGUGUUGAUUGAGCCACCAACACUAAGAGUGAAAGAUGUGUACGAGAUUAAGGAGCUCGAUUCUGCUCAAUCGCUUCAGCUUUUCAGUUGGCAUGCAUUUGGGAAAGAGGAGCCACCGGCUGAAUUUGCAAAGUUAUCAAAGGAAGUUGCAGCUACUGUUGCUGGGCUGCCACUAGCCCUCAAAAUAUUUGGUAGACAUUUCUUGUGCCAGAAAACAAACAAACUGGGAGAAGACAUGCUGAAAAAGUUGAAGAAAGAUCAACACAAAGAUAUUCAUGAGAGGUUGAAGAUAAGUUUUGAUGCCCUUGAAAAAGAAGAAAAAAGUAUAUUUUUGGACAUAGCAUGCUUCUUUAUCGGUCAAAAAAGAAGUUUUGCUACUUUCAUGUGGAAAGAACGCUAUUUCCACCCAGACCUAACAAUCGAGGUCUUAAUUCACAAGUGUCUGGUCAAUAUAAAUGAACAUACAGGAGUGUUUGAAAUGCAUGACCAUAUUCGAGACAUGGGAAGAAAAAUUGUGGAAGAUGAAAGCCCAAAUCCAGAAAACCGUAGCAGGUUGUGGCAAAAAGAUGACAUACUAAAAGUACUGCGAGAAAAGAAGCAGGGAACAGAAAAAAUUGAAGCCAUCAAUCUCUCUUGUGAACGGGAUUAUCCAACACUAUGCGUGAACGCAAAGUCUUUUGCUGGAAUGUCUCAGCUUAAAAUGCUUCAGCUGUGGAACGUGAGAUUGAAAGGUAAAUAUAGAGAUUUUCCUCGGACGCUCAGAUGGUUGCGUUGGAAUUCACAGGACUUGGGUAGGCUUCCUAGCAAGCUUUCUCUUGAGAAUAUUGUGGUUCUCGACUUAUGUUGGUGUUAUAAUAUGCAUCAAGUAUGGCGCCGCAAAAGAUUUGGAUCCACCAAGGUGUUUAGCCAAUUAAAAGUACUAAGUCUCAGACAUUGUAGAAGGCUCACCGUCUGUCCAGAUUUUACGGGCAUGCCACGUAUUGAGGAAUUGAACUUUGAAGGUUGUUGGGCCUUGACUGAACUUCAUCCAUCCAUUUGGCGAUUGACCUCACUCCAAGUGCUUGACCUCAGAUAUUGUUUUAAAAUUAUAGCUUUGCCAUCACAACCGAGUGAUUCUAAGUCAUUGAAGCAGCCCUUGCUUGGCCGAUUAAAAGUCUUAAAUCUCUCUUUUUGUAAGAACCUUACCACCUGUCCAGAUUUUUCGUUCGUGCCAUAUAUAGAGGAAUUGGAUUUUACAAGGUGUGAGAAGUUGACUGAACUUCAUCCAUCUAUUUGGAAUCUCAAACGCCUAACUCGCUUGUCUUUGAGGGAUUGUAUAUCACUCGAAGAAGGGUUUGAACAAGUUUGGCAGCUGACGUCGCUCGAAAAACUUGACCUCAGUGAUUGCAAUAGGAUUACAUCACCGUCGAGGGAUUCCAGGUCAUUAAAUCAGCUCCUGGGCAAACUGAAAAUCCUACAUCUUAGUUAUUGUGGGAACCUCACCCUCUGUCCAAAUUUUACGGGGAUGGCUCAUCUCGAGAAAUUGGAUGUUGAAGGUUGCUGGAACUUGAAGGAACUCGAUCCAUCCAUUGGGCAUCUGAAGAGACUGACUCACUUGUCUUUGGAGGGAUGCAUCUCACUGAAGGAACUGCCUGUAGAGGUUUGGCAGUUGACAUCGCUUGAAGAGCUUAAGCUCACUUGUUGCUCCCAAAAUAUAGCUUUGCCAUCACAGUUGAAGCGUCCCAUGCUUGGCAAACUAAAAGCCCUAUAUCUCUUUGAUUGUCCAAACCUCACCAUAUCUCCAAACUUUACAAGCAUGCCACAUCUAAAGAAGUUGCAUUUUGAAGGUUGUGUUAAGUUGAUUCGACUUUGUCCAUCUAUUGGUCAUCUCAGGAGCUUGACUCACCUGUCUUUGAAGAAAUGCGAAUCACUAAAGGAACUGCCUAAAGAAGUUUGGCAGUUGACAUCGCUUGAGGAGCUUGACCUCAGUAUGUGCUAUGGAAUUUCAGCUUUGCCAUCACAGUCGAAGCAGCCCAUGCUUGGCAAAUUAAAAGUCAUGAGACUUUCUUCCUGCAAGAACCUUACAAUCUGUCCAGAUUUGACCUGCAUGCCACAUGUAGAGAAAUUGGAUUUUAGACAUUGCGAGAAGUUGACUGAACUUCAUCCAUCUAUUGGGCAUCUCAAGAGCUUGCAUCAUUUGAAUUUGGGAGGGUGUGGAUCACUAAACGAACUGCCUAAGGACGCUUGGCAAUCGACCUCACUCGAACAUCUUGACCUCCGUUAUUGUUGUAAAGUUGCGACUUUGCCGUCACAAUUGGGAAACUCAGGGCGACUGAAGCAGCUCUUGCUUGAUGGCACCGUCAUAACAGCUUUGCCUGAAUCCAUGAGACAGUUGGAACAACUGAAGCAUUUGUCUCUAAACAAUUGUUACUUGUUGAAAGAAAUACCUGAAUGGAUUCUUUCAUGUAUCAGUCUUGAAAAACUAGAAGCUGCAAAAUGUUUACGUCUUGCAUCUUUGCCCAACGCACUUGGCAACCUGAAGAGUUUGCGCUAUCUUAGUUUGAGUGGGACAGCUAUUGAAGAAUUACCGAGCUCCAUUCACUCACUAACGCAACUUACCCAUCUAUCAAUUGUUGGUUGCAAACGGCUUAAGUUCUUGCCUCAGUUACCCCGUUCUAUCCGCAGCGUUUAUGCAGCAGAUUGCUGUGAAAUGGAAGAGAUAGCAGAUGUUUCAGAGGCAAUUAAUUUAUGGGUUUUGGACCUAACCGGCUGCCAAAAGCUUGUGGAUGUUCCCGGUGUUGAGCAGUUGAGAGGUUUAAGGAAGCUGAAGCUUGGAGGAUGUAGAAGCCUUUCCGACUCUUUCAAAAGAAGAGUACAGGAGGCAGACUUUCCAAGUUUGGUGGAGGAGUUGACCAUCCCUGGCAGCAUGGAAGAAUCAUCAGAUGCACGAUCUCACUCAAGUAGUUGGCAUAUGGGAAGCUUGAGUUGGGCUGGAUCCCCUCCAUGGGGAGGAGGAUCCAAAUCCAUGUUAGGAAGAAAACUUUACUUUUGGAAUUAAUUUUUGGAGGUGGAGGGUGUUGUCCCACUUAUUUGCGGUAACAAGGGAGAUUGUUAGAGAGAUCCGCAUUUCUUGUUUGAGGUUUUUAUUUUUAACUUUUUUUCUGCUUUGUAAAGAUUGGAGCAAGAGACAAAAGGAUAAUUGUUGUGGAUAUAUAUAUCCCAACAAUUAUUAUUAUUAUUAUUUGGUGUAGUUUUUAUUUAUGUGGAAUAAAACUUUACCUCAA